AUGGAAUACACAUUAGGUAACACUCACUCUAAAGAUUUCUAAGAAUUCUUGAUUGAAGAUAGUUAGAAUAGAGGGGCAAACAGAUAAAAACAGCCAAAGCUCUCUACAAUUACAAAACAGAAAAGGCCCAAUGAAACUUAACCAAUAGCGAAUCCUCGAGAUAAUCCAUUGAAAAAUGGGCCUGGGAUUGCCAUUUCUAGACAAGCAUAGCCAAAUAGAUCCUCUCAUCAUCUCAACAAAAAAGCUUUCAAUGGUUAUUUAAUGCCGAUACCCGAAGAAUAGAUUGAAACAUCUAAUGCUGCUAUGAGUCUCAAUGAUUCAAAUUUCAACUCAAACUAAAAAUCUGACUCAAGCAGUUCCUUUGUAAAUAUGGGAAAUUAAUCUAACCCAAUUAAAAUAAAUAGCUCUGGGUACCCCAUAUUCAGUUCAGGCACUUCUGACAGAAGCUAGAGAUUCAUAAGUUUAGGAGGAGGAAGUGUAACAGGUACUGCCGGAGCUAGGCAGUUUUACGCUCUUAUCAAUUAAUAAGAUAUGGAGGAGCUCCAGAAUUUUAUUAGAAAAAUGUUUAGUUUCUUUUCGCUCCAAAAAAUUUUCGUAGCAAUGUGGAUCAUUUUUGUCUACAAUAAUGUCCAGUUUACUUAGAAGAUCAAAGAGAAUUUCUUUAUAUUUGCAAUUUCUGCCUUUGUGUACAUGACUGUGCUCAUGAUGGUACAUACUGCACUUGAUUUUGUUAGAAAAUCUCCAUAGUGCAACAUUUGCUACAUACUUUUUACUAUUUCUGAGUGCUUGGUAGUAUCUUUCUUAUUGGCAACUACAGAUGGUGCCACAGUCUUCUUAUUCACUCAAUGUCUAACAGGCAUAGUUCUGGCAAUAACGAUCUUUCUCUACACUAAUAAUGUCAGCUGGCUGAGGGGAAUUGCAGCUAUAGCUCUGAUGCUAAUCUCUAUGUUUAUUCUUUCUAUUUCAACUCUAAAUUAAGAUUACACAGAUAUGAUUACAAUUCUCCUUUGUAUGGUUGGAGGGCUUAUGUUUGGAAUUUUCUUGCUUAGCAAAGCCUUCUAGAUAUUUCAAAAUAAUUAUACUCAUGCUCUCACCAAGGAUGAUUAUGUCAUUGCAAGUAUGACCAUUUAUGUAGACUUUGGAUUCGUGCUAUUGGUAAUGCUGUUUGUAAUGCUUGCAACAAUCAAGUCAUUUACCUCUUGA